AUGAUAGCCAAAGAAGCUGACCUUGUCCCCCGUGACGAGAAUACCGGUCAAGUACUGCAGGUUGAUCAUAUGCGGCCUAUGAAGGUCGUCGUGAUUGGUGCAGGAAUUUCCGGUAUCCUUGCAGCCAUUCGCUUCACCCAGCGUAUCCCUAAUCUGGAUCUCGUUGUGUAUGACAAGAACCCUGAAGUCGGCGGUACUUGGUACGAGAAUCGGUAUCCAGGAGUGGCAUGUGAUGUCCCGUCACAUGUGUACCAAGCCUCAUUUGAACCGAACCCUAGCUGGUCCCAGUUCUACUCUUCUGGUGGUGAGAUUCUCAGAUAUUGGAAAGCAAUCGUCGAGAAGUACGAUGUUCGAAAGUACAUGAAACUCAACCACAAAAUCGUGGAGGCAAGAUUCGAUGAUUCACGAUCGAAGUGGGAUAUUACCGUCCAGAAUUGUGUUACGGGGGAGGUUAUUCAAGACACUUGCGAUGUUUUGUACGCAUGCAUCGGGGCAUUGAAUGAUUGGAAGUGGCCCGACAUCCGAGGUCUUGACACCUUCAAGGGCAAACUCCUCCAUAGUGCUUCGUGGGAUGAGUCAUGGAACCCGGAGGGUCUUUCUGUCGCGGUCAUUGGCUCUGGUUCAAGCGCGAUUCAAAUUGUCCCAGCUAUCCAGCCGAAGACCAAGCGAAUCGAUAAUUAUGUUAGGGGUCAAACCUGGAUUGCUCCCCCAUGGGCGCAGGAUGAAGUUCGCAAGCACACGGCCGAAGGCGCGAAUUUCAAAUUUACACCAGAGGAAAUCAAAGAGUUCAAAGAGAACCCAGAUGCGCUGUUGGCAUAUCGCAAAAGGCUGGAGACAGAAGUUCAGUCGAUGACGAAGUACCUUUUGCGUGGAGAGCUUGCAGAGAAGGCCGCGGAUGAUUUCAAGGAGCACAUGGCCAUGAAAUUGGUUAGGAAACCGGAGAUUCUCGACAAGAUUCUCCCGUCCUUUGCCCCUGGUUGUCGGCGCAUUACACCUGGGCCUGGAUAUCUUGAAGCAUUGAGCGAGGACAAUGUGUCUUUCGUCUCGGAUGCGAUCUCCCAUGUCACAGAAGAAGGGAUUGUCACGGUCGAUGGCACCCUGAGGAAGGUCGAUGCCAUUAUUUGUGCUACUGGGUUCGACACCAGCUUUGCCAAACGAUUCCCAAUCUACGGCAGCGGGGGUCUAGACCUCUGCGAGAGAUGGAAGGAGUACCCUGAUACUUACAUCAGCCUUAGCACACACGCGCGCCAAAUCUCUUCUUUGCCCAUGGCCCCAGCUCUGGGAUUGGAGUAG